AUGCCGUCGCAGCACGUUUAUCUCGACCAUUUGCUUCUCCAAUUCAGCAAGGAUGAAUUCGAAUCUCCUUCAACAUGGCUGACGGACCACUUCACCAUCAUCAAUGGCGGCACCCACGCAGGCAACCGCAACAAACUGAUCAUCUUCCCCGACGGAACCUAUCUGGAGCUCCUACAUUGGAUUAAAAAGCCGGCAGACUGGAGAGACCGACCAGGCGAUUUCGCCCUCACUUCUUUGGCACCCAUCUCGGCCGAAGACAAUCAUGACCGUAUCGUCAAAGCGCUGGAUACGAUAUCUGAAGACAGUCUAGGAGUGACAUACUCACAGCCGAUCGAUGGAGGCCGCCAAACGCCCACAGGUAAUAUUCUCCGUUGGAAGAUAUUAAAGGCACUCUAUCCAGAAACAUCUACACCGGGAGAAUUCCAUCCUCGAGGCCGCACGGAUGCUCCCUUUUUCUGUCACGAUGUCACGGACAGAGUCCUUCGCGUUCCGUAUAAUCUGCCCUCUGUCGUUGAACACCCGUCAGGAGCGACCGGGAUUGCGGGCAUCGAGGUCCUCGUGCCAAAGGAUAAGCUGCAAUCCUAUAUAACCCUUUACACCUGCAUCGUGGGGGAAUUCCCACGCUUGUCAGAGGGUGAAGACCAGGCGGAGUUCAAGCUCAAUGCGCCGGGCACUCUGGAUGAGUCAGGAGUCAUUCGUAUUCGGGCUGCCACAUCGGAGAAUGAUGAGCGGUUUCUGCGGGAGAAAGGGAUUGGCAUUUCGUCUCUGAUCAUCCGAUCGAGUGCCGGAGAUUUUCUGUUUCCUGUAUCCGACUAUCUGCAUUGA